AGCGGGCCCGGCAGAGCGGCCACCCAAUGGCGGCGGCGCGUAGGCACGCUGGGGGCGGGCUGGGCGCGGCCGACUUUUCCAGAAGGGCUCAGAUUAUCGCUCCCUGCCACGCUGAGCCGGCUCUGGGGUUUCCGCACGCCGGCUCUCCACCUUAUUCUCUACUGGGCCCACCAUGGCGGCCGUGAAGACCCUGAACCCCAAGGCCGAGGUGGCCAGAGCCCAGGCGGCGUUGGCGGUCAAUAUUAGCGCGGCUCGGGGGCUGCAGGACGUGCUGAGGACCAACCUGGGGCCUAAGGGCACCAUGAAGAUGCUGGUUUCUGGUGCUGGAGACAUCAAGCUUACUAAGGAUGGCAACGUGCUGCUUCAUGAGAUGCAAAUUCAACACCCAACAGCCUCCUUAAUAGCAAAAGUAGCAACAGCCCAGGAUGACAUAACUGGUGAUGGUACUACUUCCAACGUCCUGAUCAUCGGAGAGCUGCUGAAACAGGCGGACCUCUACAUAUCUGAGGGUCUGCAUCCCAGAAUAAUAACUGAAGGGUUUGAAGCAGCAAAGGAAAAGGCACUUCAGUUUUUGGAACAAGUCAAAGUGAGCAAAGAAAUGGACAGAGAAACACUCAUGGAUGUGGCCAGAACAUCCCUGCGCACUAAAGUUCACGCUGAACUUGCUGACGUCUUAACAGAGGCUGUAGUUGACUCCAUUUUGGCCAUUAAAAAACCAGAUGAACCUAUUGACCUGUUCAUGGUUGAAAUCAUGGAGAUGAAACAUAAAUCUGAAACUGAUACAAGCUUAGUCAGAGGGCUUGUUCUGGACCAUGGUGCACGGCACCCUGAUAUGAAGAAACGAGUAGAAGACGCCCACAUCCUCACAUGCAACGUGUCGUUAGAAUAUGAAAAAACAGAAGUGAACUCUGGCUUCUUUUACAAGAGUGCAGAAGAGAGAGAGAAGCUUGUAAAAGCUGAGAGAAAAUUCAUCGAAGACAGAGUUAAAAAAAUAGUGGAGCUGAAGAGGAAAGUUUGUGGUGACUCUCAUAAAGGAUUUGUUGUUAUUAAUCAGAAGGGAAUUGACCCUUUUUCCCUAGAUGCCCUUGCGAAAGAAGGCAUAGUAGCUCUGCGCAGAGCUAAGCGGAGAAACAUGGAGAGGUUGACACUUGCCUGUGGCGGAGUGGCUCUAAAUUCUUUAGAUGACUUAAACCCUGACUGUUUGGGACAUGCAGGACUGGUCUAUGAGUACACGUUGGGAGAAGAAAAGUUCACCUUUAUUGAGAAAUGCAGUAACCCCCGCUCUGUCACACUGUUGGUCAAAGGACCCAAUAAGCACACACUCACCCAAAUCAAAGACGCGAUAAGAGACGGCUUGAGGGCUGUCAAAAAUGCGAUUGAUGAUGGCUGUGUGGUUCCAGGGGCCGGUGCAGUGGAAGUGGCAAUGGCCGAAGCGCUGAUGAAAUACAAGCCCAGCAUCAAGGGCAGAGCCCAGCUUGGCGUCCAGGCGUUUGCUGAUGCGUUGCUCAUUAUUCCCAAGGUUCUAGCUCAGAACUCUGGCUUUGACCUUCAGGAAACACUAGUAAAAGUUCAAGCAGAACAUUCAGAAUCCGGUCAACUUGUGGGUGUAGACUUGAACACAGGUGAGCCAAUGGUGGCAGCACAGGCAGGCAUAUGGGAUAACUAUUGUGUGAAGAAACAGCUGCUUCACUCCUGCACUGUGAUUGCCACCAACAUUCUCCUGGUUGAUGAGAUCAUGAGAGCUGGAAUGUCUUCUCUAAAAGGCUGAAUUGAAGCUUCCCUUGUAUCUUCUGAAUCGGGAAGACUCUACAGAAUGAUCCUAAGAAUAUAGCAAUGGAAUUUUGUCCCAGCUGCAGAUGAUUUUCAAAGGAACUUUCUUUUCCCAUUGAAACAGGAGAUCGCUGUCACCUACUCAAAUUCUGAAGUUCUGAAAUUACAAUUACAGUAUUUUUUAAUUGCACUGAAGUGUACACAUAGAGCAGUCUUUUUACUCACCAAACUUAAAAGGUUGUUUUCCUUUAGCUGCAGUGGCCUGAAAUCACAUGUUAGAUAAGCAUAUGUUACCUAUCUUGUUAAUAAAUAUGCCUUCAAAA